AUGGCUAGUAACGCAAGUUUAUUAAACGUUAAAGGAGAAGAGGACUACCAUAACCUAAACUCCUUUUUUGAAUCUCACUCCUAUGUGGAUAAUUAUUCGGUUGGUUUCAAGGAUAUAAAAAUAUAUCACCAAAUAAAAACAGUUAUUAAAAAAGAUACGUAUCCUCAUUUGUUUAGAUGGUUUCAUCAUAUAUCAUCACUACCAGAAUUUAUAUUAAACCAAUAUGAUGAAGAACAUAAUAAAAAGAAAGGUAAUAGUGGUACUAAUACUACAACUUGUACAAACAAGAAAAGUAAUAAAGCUGCAGGAGGUGAUGAUGAUGAUGAUAAUGAUAUAGAUCUUUUUGGUGAUGAUGAUGAUAAUACAAAAGAUUCUGCUUCUAAUCUUUUAUUAGAAAAGAAAAAACAAAAAGAAGAAGAAUUAAAAAAAAAGAAACAAAAAGAAAAAGAAAAAAAUCGAUCAAUUCUUAUUAUUGAAAUAAAACCAAAAUCAAUAGAUACAGAUAUUGCCAAAAUUCCAAAACUUGUGAAACAAAAAAUUGUAGAUGAAAAUAUUAAAUGGGGAGAAGAAGUCAAAAAAUUACCUGUCGCUUUUGGUCUCUAUAAAUUACAUAUGUCAUGUAUUAUUUAUGAUGAUUUUGUUAACACAAAUGAACUUAUAGAAAAAAUUGAAAAUAUUGACUUAGAUAAUGAAGAAGAUAAAAAGAAAAGAACAUUAAUACUUGGAUUAGAUGAAGAUGAUGAAAAUUAUGAUGAAAACGCUGAAGAAGUUGAAGAUGAUUUAGAAUUUUUGGUACAAUCUGCUGAAAUUAUUUCCUUUAACAAAUUGUAA